AUGAGCCACAAGCGCCCCGGCCAGCCGACUCUCCAGGAAGUCUUCUCUAAGCAGCGCUGCUUGCGAGCUCCUGCAACACCUGCAACGUUGCUGAGCUCGAGCCAGGAAGACCAGGCACUGGACUCUGCAACUGCUGCUGUGACCAACAGUUGCAACCACGACGUGAAGCUUGCAGCCCUGCAGAAACCCCUGCAGCUCAGCAACACCUCCAGCCAUGAAGUCCAGGCACUGGACUGUGCAACUGCUGCUGUGACCAACAGUUGCAGCCAGGACGUGAAGCUUGCAGCCCUGCAGAAACCCCUGCAGCUCAGCAACACUUGCGACAGACACGUGACGCCAGCAGCCAAGAAACCACUGCAGCUGCCCAAGUUUCAAGCGGGACUUGACGCCCUCAAGCAGGAGCUACAGCAGACGCUUCAACGGGCAACCCGGGGGGGCUUGUCGGACGACCAGGAGAAAGCUGCUGUGUGGGCAUGCGUGCUGCUGGAAGACAUAGGCGAGCGCUACCCACGUUUGACGUGCACGCCGACAUAUGUCGGGAUGGUGCUUUGGGAGUGCAAGCAGAUGAUCCAGCAACUGCAGAUCUGGAACAUACUGCAAGACGACGAUUGCCAGCUGGGGCAAAGCGCUGGCACCACAUUGGCCAAGCGACUCCGCCGGCUCGUGACAAGUUGCUAUCGGCAGCACCAACUGCCUGGCAGUGAAGGCACGGAGAAGGCUCUCAUAGCUGACAUGCAAUGCUUGCUGCAAGCCGUCUGUGACGAAGCACCUCCCUUUGCAGCGGCACUGCGAGGCCUCAAAGUUGAGAACCAGAGUGGAAGUCUUCCUUAUAGGAUUCUCACUCUCAUUCUCUAUAACGAUGAGGCUACAGCAGGGAAUGUCUUGUCAGCCUCUAAGGAGCUCAAAGCGGCUCUGUUUUACAUGAGCUUUCGUGAGCUGGGAUCGGCCAUGCUCAAAAGGGAAGACAGCUGGCUACCGGUCGGUCUCGUACUGCACGAGCAGCUUGAGCGCCUCAGCGGCAACUUGAGCAGCUACAUGCGGGCACUUGUGCUGCAGAUGUUUGCCCCUCUCAGGCUUUCGGACGGCUUCGAGCUUUCCAUCGCGGGCGAAACCUGCAGGUUCAAGUUAGCGCCCUCGGCAUACCUUCUCGCAGACAACGAUGCGAUUCGAGCCACCUUUCUGUUCAAGGGCAGUGCAGGCAAUCGCUACUGCAGCCUCUGCACGAAUGCUUGGCGGCGUUCUGAUGGCCCCGCGGGCUUCCACACUUGCGCCGAAGGCGACAUCCGCAAGUUCUGCCUGGUCACAGACAGCGAUGUCGCUGACGCGGUGGCUGCAUUGCGCCGAGAAGCCGUGCACGGCAAAAAAAAGAGCUUGCAGGAGCUUGAAAAAGCCUUGGGUUUCAAAUAUUCGGAAAGCGGUCUUCUUUUCGAUGAGAAAGCCCUUGCCUGCCUGCCCGUUUCGAAGGUCUGCAAUGACGUGAUGCAUUGUUACUACUCCAAUGGCUGCGCGAAUUGGGAGAUAAGGCUUCUCCUAGAAGCUUUGGAUACGGUCAACUUGUCCUUUAAGAAGCUGGGAGAAGCUUGCUGUGCUGGGAACUGGACGGGGCCGAAACGCACUUCUCAUGCCCAGCAUAACUAUUUGAGGCGGCUCUGGCAGGACUGCCUUCUUGGCUCCGACGGGUACAAGGGCCAGUCGCAGCAGACUCAAAGCUUCCUGCCUCUGCUGGACUUCUAUGUUCAUGAGCUGCUUCAAAGCCGGGCUUUGCUUUUGCCAGCCCGGACAAGCUGGGCCGCUUUAAUGGAGUGCCACCGGCUUCUUCGCCAUGUCCACUACCUAGUAGGUCCACCAUCGCGGGCUUGGCAAAGCCACCUGGAGCGAGCACAGCAUGCGCACACAUUGGCCUUCGUAGCGGCAUAUGGUGCGGGUGAAACGAAGCCCAAGCACCAUCAUCGUCUGCAUUUGCCUGCACAUUUGGUGCACUUGCAAUGUGGGCUCCACACGGAGACGCACGAGAGCAAGCACAGAUGCUACAAGAAUCGCCUGGCCAGCGCGCAUGCAAACAAGGUCAACACACCUUGCGAAAUCGCCACGGCCAUUUUGCCUCGAAUGAUACAAGAACAAUGCGAUAGAAUUGUUCGUAAGGCGACACUGGACUUGAACCUGCUGCUUCCGCCUGUGCAGGAAGUUGCCGCGGCAACAGGCUGCAAAACUUCACAGGGCAUGACACUGGAAUCCGCAACCAUUCAUGUCACGGAUGUGGUGUUCUUGGAAAGGACACAAGGAGUCGUAGACGCCUGUCUGCAAGACGCCGACGGGUUCAUGUUGCUGCUUUCGCCUUUGCGGAUGCUCCACAAGAAACCGUGGGGGGCGGUUUUCAUCAAAGAACCAGGCCAGAAGUGCAUCCGAGUCUCACCUUCUGACAAGCUGACACUGCCUUCGUGGUGGCGUGUUCGAGGCAGCAACAUUGACUGUUUAUUCUAG